AUGGCGUACCAGUUAAAAAAAGAACAUUUAAGGAAUUGGGAUGCAUCAAAAUCUAAUGAAAAACCAAUAUCUAAUGAUGAUCAAAGUACUUAUAUAUCAGAACAGUCCUCCCCUAUAUCAUUUCGUGAAAAUAAUCUACCACCUAUUCCAAAUAAUAAACAAUUAUUAACACCACCUUUACCGCGAGCUGAUCUACCAAAAAAACAACCUCAUACUCUUCGAUAUCCUUAUAAUGAUUUACCAGAAAACGGUAUACCACUUGCUACUCAAUUUAAUCAUGCACGAAAAGAAGAAAAAAAAAGCAAAAAAGCUCUUCGUAAAGCACCACCAGGUCAAGGAAAUCUUGUUCCAUUACCUGAAACAAAUCCACCUGCAAUGAAUGAUAACUAUUAUCCCUAUUGGCAUUAUUAUAAACUAAAAAAUCCUGAUUGGAACAUGCGUCAUCGUCAAACUACUGAUGGUCAACUGAUACCUUAUGAUCCAGUCGAUCCUUCACAAUAUGCUCAUGAACCUGCAUUAACAAAGUCACCGACAACAUCACGUCGACAUCAUCGAAAGUCUCAUCAUAAUAAUCAUGAUGCAUCUAUCACGAAAUACAGUCCUAAUCAACAACGUCAUGACGUGGUUGAGAAAGUAUCACCAUCGUCACCUAAACAAUAUAAACGUUUGGAAGAUACUGAUCAUAUAGAAAAUUUGGAUCAGACACGAAGACAAAGAAGUUCUCAACAACGUCACAAAUUUAAGACAGAAAAUGAUUGGCAUGAUAAGUCUGUUCCAUCCAUGACGGAGAAACCAUCACAAGACUCAAAUAAUCUAACUAUACCUUCUGACGCUUCAGUACGUCGAUCAAAACAUCGUUCAGAAAAAAUGAAUAACGAUUCCACUGAUGAAAAUAAAAGACAUCAUCACGUUCAUCGUCAUCGUCAUCAUCAUCAUCAUUCCCCUACUCAAUCUCAACAACACCACCAUCAUCAUCAUCAUUCUCCUACUCAAUCUCGACAACACCAUCAUCAUCAUCAUCAUCACCAUUCUCCUACUCAAUCACAACAACAACAACAUCAUCAUUCCCAUCAUCAUCACCAUCAUCGUCAUUCUCAUGAUCAUUUUUCACCAUCCAAAGAAUAUGUUGAUUGUGAAUUUCAAGUUGUUGAUGCUUCAUUUAAUAAAUCAGAACGAACACCUUAUUUUCAACGAACAGAAACUCCACCUCAUUCACCUCCACCUGUAAUUUAUAAUCAACCUUCUUAUCUACCACCUAUUACAAGUGAUUAUCAUAGUGGACCAAAUUCAACUGAUUAUUAUAGUAUACAUACGCUUAGUAAAGAUUGGAGAGAUUCAAUUAAAUCACCACAAAUAUAUAAAGCUGACCCGCAAACGACAUUCUAUGAUCGCUAUCUAAAUAGCGUAAUAGAUAAAAAACUAGCUACUUGA